AUGGAAGGAGGUGCUCAAAUGGUUUUAAAAAGAAAGAAACCUGAAGGAGCAAGCAGUGACAGCGAUGAUUCCGUGGGUGGCCUGAAGAGACCUAGCACAUCCAAAGAACCGGACUUAGUUCCCGACUCUUCGAUAAAUGACUGCAACGAAAAUGACAUCGGUAAAUUUAUUGGACAAGCAUCAAUGUUAUCGACUGAAAUGAAGAAAGAAUUGCUUGACAACACUUGGUCUCCGUCUGCGACGUAUGACUUUGCAGAAGACGCUAACCAUUUAAAGAGGAAAUUCAAGUAUUCAUGAACAAUGUCGCACGAAGGUAUUUCUCCUCAAGAGAUCGAGGCCCUGUGCCAGACACCAGACCCUUCAACUAGAGACUUCAUGUUUCAACAAACAAUGUACCGCAUCAAGGAUCCUCGCAAAUCAAUUCCCUUCUAUACCGGAGUCUUAGGAAUGACAUUACUGAAACAGCUUCACUUCCCCGAAAUGAAGUUUUCAUUGUUUUUCAUGGGCUACGAAAACCCUGGCGAGAUCCCAUCAGAUGAAGCUACUAGAACAGCCUGGGCGAUGACAAGAAAAGCUACUUUGGAAUUGACAUAUAACUGGGGCACAGAGAGCGACGACUCGAGUUACCACAACGGGAACUCAGACCCUCGGGGAUUUGGGCACAUCGGUAUACUCGUCCGCAAUGUGGAUGAGGCCUGCGCUAGAUUCGAACAGCAAGGUGUUAAAUUCAUUAAGCGUCCGAACGACGGCAAAAUGAAGGGUUUGGCUUUCAUCCAAGACCCGGACGGCUACUGGAUUGAAAUCUUCACCAGCAAUGUGGUGUAA